UGCAAAACACAUACACACCAAUACAACCCCACUUCUACUAACACACCCAACAUUAAACUUGCAUAUAAUAUUUUGGAACAGACUUAAAUUUUUUUUUUUAUUAAUUCCCACAUAAAAAAAUAAAACCUUCACCUUUGUAAUAAUAAUAUUUAACAAACAAUAGUUAUAAUAUAUAAUAAUUUCAAUAAAUCUUUUUAAAAAAUGGAUGAAGAUGAUUUUGUAUUCAUUGAUGAUACUUCACAACCAUUGCGAGUAGAUGUUAAGAAAUCACAUCAAGAACUACCACCAAAACAACAUCAACAACAACAACAACUAAAAACAGACCAACCACAACUACUUCCUGUAUACUUUGUAAAUGAUUCUGUCGUUUUUGAUGAUAAUAUCGUCACCCAACCAGAACAAAAAAAAGAAGAGAAUAUUGUUGUAAUACAAUUUCUCGAGACCAACUAUUCUAAGGAACAAACAGUACCAGUAAUUGAAAGAGGAAACUCAUCAUUACAGGUACCAUCACCAACUUCCCAAGGAACAUCACCAAUUAAACUUCAAAAACAGGAAGAACCAGAUUGGUUAAAAGGAAAAGAAAAAACCAAAUAUACCAGUACAAUUUCAGGUGGUAUCAAGUAUGUCUCAACCAAUCUUGCUGAUAAACCCUACAUCACCACUAUGAAAUCUUCAGAUAGCUAUGCUAGCUACUCAUCCGUUUCAAACUCUUAUGUAUCUUCUUCAAAAACUAAUACUAACCCAUACAGCUCAAACUCAUUGGCUUCAAAACCUUAUGUAUCUGCGUCAAAAUCCGGUAACUCUUAUAGUUAUGCUUUUUAAAAUCAUUAUAGUUGUUUGUUAAAAAAAAAAAAAAAAAAAAAAAAAAAAAUAUAAAAAAUAUAAAAAAAAAAAAAAAAAAGAAAAGAAAAGUAUGAAGCUUUAUACCAUACUUUUAG